AUGGCAUGUAAGGGGUAUUUGGGGUGCCUCUUGAAGCUGAUGAACUUCCUGUUAGCCCUUGUGGGUCUGGCCAUGGUUGGAUAUGGAUUAUAUCUCUUUGUAGGGUAUAAGCAGGCAUCCUCUGGCAAUGAUCCAAAUAUGCACUCGAGUGGCGAAUUAAUAAAGUUACAUCGCCCGAUGCUCAUGGCUGUGUCUUUGGAUAGCGUUUUCGAUAAGCUCCCCAAAGCUUGGUUCAUAUAUUUAUUUAUAGGAAUUGGUGUAGUUCUUGUCAUCAUUUCUUGCUGCGGUUGCAUUAGUGCCACUCUACGGAAUGGUUGCUGCCUGACUUGUUAUUCAAUAUUUGUGAUCUUGUUGAUCUUGAUAGAACUGGGAUGUGCUGCUUUUAUAUUCUUUGACAAAAGCUGGAAGGAGGCAAUUCCAACUGACAAAACUGGAAAUUUUGGUAUGUUAUAUAACUUUAUGGAGAAGCACUGGAAAAUUAUCAGAUGGGUUGCUCUUGGUGCUGUUAUAUUGGAGGCGCUUGUAUUUGUGUUAGCGCUUGUUGUGAGGGCUGUCAACAGACCGGCAAAUUACGAUUAUGAUAGUGAUGAUGAGUCUAUAGGUUCAAGGCGACAAACCCGGCAGCCAUUGCUCAACAGGACAGCAGCAGUUCCCACGACAGGUGACACUGUUGCUGGAACCAUCGAUCAGCGUCCAAGUAGGAAUGAUGCUUGGAGUGCACGCAUGAGGGACAAGGUGCUUGUAUUUGUGUUAGCGCUUGUUGUGAGGGCUGUCAACAGACCGGCAAAUUACGAUCAUGAUAGCGAUGAUGAGUCUAUAGGUUCAAGGCAACAAACCCGGCAGCCAUUGCUCAACAAGACAGCAGCAGUUCCCACGACAGGUGACCCUGUUGCUGGAACCAUCGAUCAGCGUCCAAGUAGGAAUGAUGCUUGGAGUGCACGCAUGAGGGACAAGUAUGGACUUGAUACAUCGGAAUUCACAUACAACCCCUCCGAGCCAAAUAGGAACCAGCAAGCUGCUACACAACCUUCUGAGGAAAGGAGUCGUUGCAUCAUAAUGUGA